CGCAACGGCAGAAGUGUGGCUGAAAAGAGACAACAACGCAAACCAACCACGAAAAUACAAGUACGAAUUGUGUUUUCCAAGGAUUUACUUCGAUAGACGACCAUGGUCAUCACCAUGGCCACUUGGAAUCCCAAAAGAAAUAAUUUCACGCUAUGCUGUUUUUUCUUGGCACUACUUCUAGAACCCCAAACCAUUCUUUCUUCUGGUUACAAGGGACGGGUUCUGCGUGGAAGCAUCGACGGCCAGGAAAAGAAAGUUUCCGGCAACCGUACGCUAAAACAAAAAAUGGUCGCCAACAAGAAACGCAAUAGUAAGAAGAGACAAAUCAGCAAAAUCGCAACCUCUACACGUCCCGUUCCCAAGCCUAGCCCUGUUCAAAGCAGCACCAUACCCGUUGUCCUUCCCGCUCAACCCACUCCCAGUCCUAUCCCUGCUUUGGGUAGUACAACACCGGGAGUCCUUCCCUCUCCAUCUGCAACUAAUGCUAUUCCUGUUGCGGGCAGCGUCACACCCGUUGUCCCCCCCACUCCGCCAACUCCCAGUCCUUUUGCCAACCUUUUCACCGCCGCUCCUGCUCCCGUUGCCCCCAAUCUCCUCACAGCGUCCCCGAUUCCGUUCGCGAUUGGGCCAAGAAUACCCGUCGUGAGCCGAACAGAGACGGAGCCCAGCGGUGGUGAAGGACCUUCCGGAACGAUGACCGACUCAUCAACUUCAGAGGAAAGCAGCAGUGGCAGCACUUCCUCUACCACCUGGGGAUUCGCUUGGGAUAGUGCCUGUCCAGAAGAAGCAUCGCAGCUAGAAAAGUGUAUUGGGAGCGGGAAGAUCACCAUUGACGAUUGCAAAUCCUGCAUCGUAUCAGCGUCGUUCAUGUCGUCUACUGACUACAUGAUGAAGGCGUGCAAAACACAGUUUUGCAAUGGAUGCGAUGGCGGCCAAUAUUUAGAUUGUGCGCAAGCAGCGAACAUCCAAAAGUUUCCUGUCGUGAACGGUGGUGCAACACUCAUUCGGGAGAAGGAGUUGCCCGAAGACGGCAGUGAUUGACGAUGAUUGAGUCAUCGUUCUGCAGAAGAGGGGAGGGAACAAACCUAUUUGUGAUAACGACGUGAGGAAUUUUUUUGGGGUUACCUCCUUAAGCAGUUUGAACCAAACCACAGCAACUCUUUUCUGCAUGGUAAGUGGCGUCAACUGUACCCGAAGCGAGGGCAUCACAAGUACACUUUGAAGCUAUCUUGUUGGGGUCCUCCGGUGAAAAUGAGCAUGGACCAAUACGUCAAGCCACGACAACUUCAUAGAUGACAAAAAUAGAAUGUGUGUUAGACUACUACAGUACAUCAUAGGCAUUAAAAACUAGAGCCUAAAGUGCCGCAUUACAAUGUAUCCGAAGUUGGCUUGCACUAACUCACUAGGACACCCAGCAUAAGCACUCACACCGGCAUCAACGCCAGCAGACAUCUCUAAUGCUGGAACUACAAAUGGGUAACAUUGUAACGACAAAGGUCUGUGAAAGACUAUUGGAUGUGGAUAGCCUUGCUGAUGUUUUCAUAGUAUGACUCCCAUCCGUUUUGUUGAAAUUAAUGCAAGUGAAAUUA